UCGUCCUGACAGUCAAUGGCAUCUCACACACGGUCUAUAGUGAGAUGUGUGUGUAGGGUUUGAAUAUACGAAGCAUGUGAGCGAUGAUGUAAUGCUGUGUGAGUGUGGUGCACGUGCCCGCGGCGCGCUGCUGGACGGCUCGCGCUACUGCAGCCCAGCCAGCGCUGCUGCAUGAAUGCAUUGAGCUCUGUAAACAUGAAUCCAUAGAGUAAACAUUCUGCACCAUUAUCAUAAAUUGACAUUUCAGAUUUUCUACGUUAAAUUUGGACUUAAGUUGGUUAUAGUUAAACAACGGCAAUCUCAAAUUAAGCAUGGAUUGGCUACAGUAACCACAGUUUAUUUGUAGGAAAAUACAAAUGUUGAUCAUUUUUUUUCUACUGACUCCACAAUCGAACUUUUAACUGUUGUGUAAAUAUCUCAAUGGUUUCUCCUAGACAUCAAUGAGAUUAAAUGGAGAGCAAAUUAUAAAUUGAAAAAGUGUCCCGUCUCAGAUAUUCCUCCUGAGAAAAAGAAUGUGUCUGUCAUGUGAGUUUCAGAAGAGAUGUCAACCAUGUGUCAAACUGAGCUUAGAUCUGUCAAGUCUGCAAUCAAAAGUCAAUAUUAUUGAAGAUCUCGAUAUGAACUCAAACAUUUCUCAUCAAAUUUCUCCAAAUCCAGAUUAUUUAACUGUACAAUCUAUACAUUCAUAUACACCUCCAGACUCUUCAUGUGUUCACACAAUUACACUCUCAUUUACUUGUCUUUUUCUUCUCAACAGCAGAAGUUGAUACUUAAACACAGAACUUCAUCAAAUGAAAGAGCAACAUCUGAGCAAUAACAUGUUCCUCUUUGUUUGUAGGAAACUGAACUUCAGUCAUAUUUCAUUGAUCUUUAGUGUGUGUGUGUGCGGCUCGGUUCAGGUACCCUUCAUGCCCGCGUGUGCUGCCGUGGAGGGUGGCGGAGUGAAGCGCUCGAGGCUCCUGGCAUGGGCAGUGUAGGGAGCGGGGCCUCCAGUCAACGCCCCAUCACCAUGCGCAGCGUGGGCACCCGCACCACCCCUAACGGCCCUCUGACGGCCCCGCCUCCUCCCAACUCAGCUCGUCGCCGACUGGACGACCGCAGUUUUAGCGCCGACCGCAUCCCCGGACCCAGCACCAAGGCGAAGGGCGUCUCCGCCGACGAGCGUAGCUACAACGCAGAGAGGGAUUACCACGGCAACGCUCGCGGUCACUCGGACGCGGAACGCCCAGCGGCUCACAACGUUAACCGACAGCAAACGGUCAACGGAGAGAGGCUGGUGUCCAACACGGCGUUCUUCAACGGCGGGGUGCGGAGAGAGGGCCACAGGAGAGGAGAGAGUCUGGACCUGUGCGGUAACAACAUAGUGCUCACCGCGAACGAGAAAAAUGUCAGCCAUCAGCCUCCAGCACAGCACAAUGACAAGAGCAAAGCCAAACCUUAUCAUCAAAACCCACCGAACAUUCUGCCCGUCUCCGGAAAACUGGAGCAUGCACAGACGAAUGAUUCUCUGGUGCGCCCGUCAGCCUUCAAACCCGUGGUGCCCAAGAAUUUUCACUCCAUGCAGAAUCUGGUGUGUCCCCUUCAGACCAGCUCGGGCACGAGCGGCGGUCCGGGCAGCAGCGGAAGUGGAGGCAGCGGAGGAGAGAAGAGCGCGCAGAACCCGUCCGGAGGGCAGUGGGAUCAGGACAGUCCCAGCAGUCGGGGAACGCACGCGGGAGCGGGCAGAGCCGGUCAGGGCAGUCUGUCAGAUUCUGGGAGGAACUCUCUCACCAGUCUGCCCACAUACACGGGGUCGGGGUACGGCCCACCUCCUGCGCUCGGACCCCUUAGUGCCUCCACCAGCCACAUCAACAGGCUGGGCACCGUCGCCCUGGACAAACUGGAUAAGCCGGGAUACCAGAAUGGCAUCAGCGCCUCUGAUAGCGGCCGCUCUUCUUCUGGCAAGAGUUCAUCGUCUUAUCAGCGUCUGAGUCACCUGAGCGACGCUCCCGGGGCCCUGCGACCCUCGCCGUCCUCAGAUGAUCUCAUUCAGGACCUGGAGGACCGGCUGUGGGAGAGAGAACAAGAGGUGAUCCACAUGCGACGCAAUCUGGACCAGAGCGAAGCGGCCAUCGUGCAGGUGUUCGAGGAGAAGCAGCAUGUGUGGGAGCGUGAGAUGGAGGAGUUGAGGCAGAACUACGCCGGGCGACUGCAGCAGGUGACCCGACGGGCUCAGCGCACGCAGCAGGCCCUGCAGGCGCAGAUCAGCCGUCUGCAGCAGGACAAACGCAGACUGCAGGAUGAAAUGACGCUGCUGCUCGCUCAGAGAGAAGAGCUGGAGAAGAAGUGCUUGGACUUCAGGAAGGAGCAGGCCGACAUUCUGCCCAGACUCGAGGAAACCAAGUGGGAGGUGUGUCAGAAGGCGGGUGAGAUCUCUCUGCUGAAGCAGCAGUUGAGAGAGAGUCAGGGUGAGGUGACCCAGCGGGCGGGUGAGAUGGUGGCCCUCAGAGGACAGCUGAAAGAUCUCAAUGCUCAACUGAGACAGAGGGAAGAAGCCGAGAUCAGCCUGAAAGAGUCUUUCUGCACCAAAACCCUGGAGCUGGAGCGCUGCGAGGCAGAACUACAGACCAUGCUGGCUGAGGUGACAGUUCUGAGGGACAAACUGAGCGUGUUUGAGACGGAGGUCACGCGUCUGAAAAAAGCUCUGGGUGAGCUCAGCAGUGGCGGUCGGGCCGCUGAGCCCAGCCUGGGUGAAGUGGGCCAAAUGGUCACGUCCCGCAGCCGAGAGCGCCUUCUCUCCCCCCUGAGCCCUCCGGAAACGCCCGCGUCUCUCCCCGCCCUACCGGCUCCAGAUCCGCUGCUCACCAUGCUGAGCGACGACUCCAAAGUCCAGCGGCAGGAGUCGGGCGACCUGCGGCGGCAGCUGGAUCGUCUGCAGAGCGAGCUGCGCGUGGAGCGACAGCAGCGGGAGCGUCAGGCUCUCACCUUCGCCCAGGAGCGGCAAACCUGGCAGGACGAAAAGGAGCGCGUGCUCAAGUACCAGGCGCAGCUGCAGCUCAGUUACGUGGAGAUGCUGCAGAAGAAUCAAGCUCUGGAGGAGCGCGUGGAGAAGCUGACCCCUCCGCCCCCGGCUACGUCCGCCUCACCGCCGCCUGCCGUCUCGCAGGACGUACCCACGCCCGUUUCCGUGUCUAUAUCGCUGACCUCUCCGACUCCUCCGGUGGAAGACAAGGCGCUGCCGGAGCUGCACCAGCUGGCGCCGCCGUGGCCGGUUCCAACUCGGCUGGAAAGGAUCGAGUCCACGGAGAUCUGAACGCGAUGCAGUAAAACCCGUAAAGCCCCGAUUACAAUAGCAUUCAGUACAAUCCAAACAAACAAAACAAACGGUGACCGCUCAGCUUCCGAGGUCUGUCCAAGGAUGCCCUGCUGGUGUGGGGCAGGCGGUUGGGUUGAGAGCCGGUUUGUUGGUUGGUUAUGCGCACGUGUGGCCUUAUCAGCUGGUUGGUUGGAUUAGGGCGGAGGAGCUGGCCCUGGGUCAGGUGCCAAGGGGAAACACACGACUGGAUUUAACACUCAGGGGUUUAUGGGAUGUAGAUGCAGAACAGACCUGAGGUCAGACUGUUUGGAGUGUGAUAGGGGUUGUGACUUUUAAAGGUGAAGUGUGUCGUUUCUGCAACGCUCAAAAACUGCUGACUGUUUUGAAGCCUCCAUCUGCCAUUGGUUGGACUGUAAUGUUUACAUAUUUGGAGGGGAAAAUAUGUCACACUGCUGUGGAAGAUGACAGACUUCACCUUUAAAAAAAACAUAGAGAAAGUAUGUCAAAAGUAGAACUGUUUAUUAUCAGUGACAAUAGCAUUAUUUUGUAGUUAGAACUGUAUUGGACAGACAGACAGACACACAACAGUUAAGAGAUGCAGGGAGAAGAUCUCUGACACAACACACCACCAGUUUUAAAUGCGAGGACCAAACUCUGAGAGUCCGGCUGCUGGUGAUGUUUUCUGUUGGACUGUUAGGACAGAACAAACUUUACGCAAGCAUGAAUGGACAGUUUACCCCAAAAUGAGAAUUACUUCAUCAUUUAUUCACGCUCAUGUCAUGUCAAAUGACGUUCUUUCUUCAGCAGAACACACACAAAAAAGAUAUUUUCAAGGAACGUUGGUAAGCAAACAACAUUGAACUCCAUUGACUUCCAUUGUAUGAACGCAAAACCACUGAGACAUUUCUCAAAAUAUCUACUUUUGUGUUUCACUGAAGAAAGACUCACAUACAGGUUUACAACCAAACGAGAGAAUAAAUGAUGACAGAAUUUUAUUUUUGGGUGAACUGUCCCUUUAUUGUGUGUUCUUGGGCUAAGAUUUAAACAAGAUAAGUUGUUAUCUGCGAAGCUUUAUAAACGUUGACUCUCUUCAGACUGUUGCUCCGCCAUGCCAGUUGUUGAGCUGAAAGUGAAAACUAGCAAUAGAUGAAGGUUUGCCCAAAUAUACGCAAUAGCUGAGAAUAGACGGUUUCAAAGUGACAACAUAAACAAACCUUACAGCGCAUGCGCGCAUUCGUGGGCUGCAGUUAACUUCUGGUACACAUUCACAAACAAUAAGAGCGCCUGUAGAUUAUUUCUGAUAACAAUCAAAAGAAACCGAGAAGAACCGUUACUUGGCUAAACAUGUCUCUGUAAUAUUUUGAAUUUAGACUGCGAUACCAAGCUCAACCACUAGAUGUCAGUGUACCAUACGGUUUCAUUAAACGCGUUAAAACUACAGGACCCAUUCAACAAAUUGUUUAUUUAAUAAAAUGAACAUACAACAAAAUUCAACAAAUCGUGUAUUAAAGAGUACAUAAUAUGAGAUCAUGAAAAUUACAUUUCAUGCAGUGCGUAAUGUUGCCGCGUUUGAAAGCUGUCUGCCAAGUUAUAAAUCCGAAGGUGAAUGAAUAACAAAGUUAUGGCUUUUAAAAAAAGGAGUCGACUCUGAAAAACGAGUCGUCCCUAGUCCGAUUCACGAACUGCCAGGGAUUUACAUCACUACAUAUAGUCCCCGCCUACGUUUUGCUAGGACUGCCCGCGACAACUUCGCUCUUCUCCCCCAAACACUACACGGGUAGACCAAUCACAGCCGACUAGACCAACUCAACUCAUCUUUAUUUAUAAAGCAGCAAUAAAAACAACAAUUGUUGACCAAGGUGCUGGACAAUCAAAGAAAUAGUAACAACAUUUACACACAACACAUCUGACCAAUCACAUCAGACUAGGCUAGCGGAAAGGAGGGGAUUAGACAGAUGAAUCGCGGAACGAAUCAUUUGAGUCAGUCACGAAGUAAGGUAUGAAUAACUGCCUAUUAUUCCGAAAUAAUUGCGUUUUUACACCUUCUCUGUACAUAUACUUGUUGUUGGACACUCCCUAAACCAAAGUAGGACCUUAAAAAUCCCUAGUUAUGUACUCUUUAAAUACAAUUAUUAUACAAUAAAAUAAUAAUAUACAUUAACAUUACCAUAAAUUAAAUUAAAUAUUUAUAUGAUCAUACACUAGCCAAACACACCGGACACCAAAAGUUGGCUCGCCCACCGCCAAUAACCUUACAAGAAGAAGAAACACAAACCGGAAGUUAACUGGGGGUCAGGCGCGCGCGCGCCCUAUGGAACGGUCUACGGAAUCGUCAUGUGUACGAUUCCAAGGGAACACGCAUCAAAUGUAUAGCUUAAAUGCACUGUAAGUCAUUUUUUAAUAUGUAAAGCGUCGCAUUGACGUGCUUGCGUACAGCGGGUUUGAUGCCCUAAGGCCUAGUGCGGUACGGAAGCGCUCAACCCUCCUGCUCUUUCACCCGAAGCAGUGGUGGAGGACACCUAUUUAUUUCUAAUCAGAACGCACUGUAUCACCUGAAUGUUGUUUUUGCCCUUUUCUAUGUUUUGAGCAAUGUAGAGUUAAACAGACAGAGAUAUAUUAAAUACGCUUUUAAAGAAGGACGGGGUUGUCGUGAACAGGUUUAUGAAGCCGCCGCGCCGGAACGAGACGGACGGCGGCUGAGCCAAAACACGCGCGACAACGACGAGCGAUUACAUUUGAAUAUGACUUUACAUUCUUCCAAAAAGAGCAUAUAAUACGUGUCCGUGUAUACUUGCUGAAAGUAUCAUUUAGAAUUUUUGACUUUGAAAAAGAUGUAAUAUGCAGUAGAUUGAAGUGCACAGUGCACACAAAUGAUGUGGAGAUUUUUGAACGGGUAAAAAGUCCAUCGUGUGCUAGUUUGAGGAUGAUGUUGGGAUGUUCUGAACAGCAUACUACCAUACUAUUUCUGCAGCGUACAGCAUGACGACUGAAGGCCACUGGAAUACGGUUUCAUUUUUAAUCUUCGUUCAGUCUGAUGCAAAAGAAAGUUACAAACAUUGGAAGGUCAGGUUGCGUGCAAUGCAUUGUGGGACACAGCACUGCAUACUGAAUAGAGGUAGUGUGAGUGGUACGCUAUUCCGUACACAGACAGAGAUUUUGAUCAAUGUACUUGCUGGCUCAGACGAGGUGGGAGCAUUUUACAAAACACCUGUUGUCACAAAGUCUUUAAAUGUCGCUUAUAGAAAUGUCAUUGGACCGAUCCAUGACUUUUGCCCUGCUUGUUAUUAUGCACAAACUCUUGAAUGAUCCAUAUUUUGAGACAUUUGGUCGUAUCACAGCACUUGCAAGCCAGUUUCACUCUUACAGUAAAUAUGAAGUGCAUCUGGUGUGUCUGUGCUGAAAUGAAAACAAGCACAAACUGUUUUCCAGCGUAUAUAAUUCAGCUGUACGGAAACCGCAGUCCGUUGAUUUAUUUCCCAUAAAGUUCUAGAAAGAUGUGAAUAGAAACAUUCAUGUGGAAGAGCCUUAUGUCGCACGGUGCUUGUGCCUCUUCUUUUCCGUCAUCACUAGAAUGAUGCCAUUUCAUUGAUAAUCAAUCCAGAUUCAUGCCACUUUAUGACACUAGGUGUUAAGAGAGACGUACGGGAUGAAGCUUUAGAUGGACGCCGCACCUCUGCUGUCUUCGGCCGCAUUUGCUGCUAUGUGCUUCUGUUGUGUCCUGCUGUGUUCUUGGUAGAGACAAAGGCAGUCGACUGCAUGUAAAUAUCACCGUUCCUUAUGUGUACAGAACUUAUUCUAUCCAAAUAUACCGAGCUAAUGCGUGUGAAUACUUUUGUGAAGUAAUGAGACUGACAUGUCAGCUUUUAUUUUUCAAACUAUUAUUAUAGGAAUAUAAUAUACAUAUAUGAAUCUUAAAACCUUCCAUCGGCUAUAUUACUGUAAAGUCAUUCAUUCAAGAGUCCCAUGUCUUUACGUUCUAUUUAUCAGUUCUUGAGAUGUACGGGGGAGCAAAAGGCCACCAAUGUUUUGUAAGCAUUCUUUUGUUUUCCUUUUUUUCAGAAUUUGCUUGGGAAAAGCAUAUCUUAGCAAAUAUUAAUUUAAAUAAUAAAGAUGUGAAUAACAACAAAGAAACAGUUUCUCUU